AUGGAUCAAUCUAUCAUUCGGAUCUCCAAGGAGCUGAGCGACAUUCAAAGGGGUACUGACCUCGCCAUCGCUGUGGCUUGCCGCGAUAUCGACGUUCGCAAUGUGAAAGCUUUGGUCAUGGGGCCUCACGAGACCCCUUACGAAUUUGGUUUCUUCGAGUUUGCCAUUCAUUUUGGCAGAGACUAUCCGUCCAAGUCGCCCAACGUCCAGUGUGUCACCACCAACGGAGGCAGAUGUCGACUGAACCCGAAUAUAUAUGCUAACGGCAAAGUUUGCUUGUCAAUACUGGGAACGUGGCGUGGAGAACGAGGAGAGGAGUGGUCAUCGGCCCAGGGCCUGGAAUCCAUUCUCUUAUCCAUCCAGAGCCUUCUAUCAGCCAACCCCUACGAAAAUGAACCCGGAUUCGAGGAUGCAAACGAAGAAUCAGACAAGAUGUACCAAAAAGAUUAUGUACAAAAGAUCCGUCACGAAUCGUUGAGAAUCUCUGUGGUUCAGCGGUUGGAAAGCUAUCUUGGUCUCAGUCCCGUUGGCGGUAGCACUCAAAUGCUCAUCAGAGAAGACGGUGAUGACGACGACGAGGUAAACGUACCAUUUGAGCCUUUCAGGGACAUCUGCAAACGUCGGUUUCUAUGGUACUAUCAAUCGUACCUGGACGCAGUUGAAAAGGGAAAGUCAGAAGUCAAGCUACAGGAUAACUUUGUACGAAUGCCUUUUGAAACGCCGGUUAAGAACUGCAUGGAGGGAAAAUUUAACUAUCCGGAUCUCGAGCGAAGGCUAAAGAAUAUUAAAACCGCACUUGACGCAGAGCCAGCGGCCUGGGCAGCUGAGGGCCUCGCAGCCGUUGUCAAGGAGUCUACGGUCGCGGUCAAUUUGCACCAUCAGUAUGAGCAUGUCACGGCCUACUUCAAAAGAAGCGAUAUGCCUCACGAUGUGACUCUCGAAAACGGCAAUCCAUUUGUGUGGGUUAUCACCUAUUUUGGUCGGCCCAUGACCAAUCUCGACGGCGGCUUGUUCCGGAUCAGAAUGAACUUCAGCACCCGAUUCCCCGACGAACAGCCUCGUGUCAAGUUUGAAACCAAAAUUUUCCACCAUCAUGUUGCCCCGGAUGGCACGGCGUGCUACGUACCGAAUCCACUCAAGCGCGAGGACGUCAAGUCUCAUAUCGAGGCCAUCAUAUCAACAUUGGAAGAGGAUGAACCGGCUUAUGAUCCCAGGAUGGUUGUCAAUCCGGAAGCCACCAAGCUGUUCUGGGGCAGCGGAAAGGAUGAUAAAAAGCAAUACAACCGUCGCCUUCGUCGAUCAGUACAGCAAAGCAUGGAGUAA